AUGGUAUCUACUCCUGAGCCCUGCACGGUACACACUCCUGAGCCCAUCAUGAUACACCCUCCUGAGCCCUGCAUGAUAUCUACUUCUGAGCCCUGCACGAUUCACACUCCUGAGCCCUGCACGAUACACACUCCUGAGCCCUGCACAAUACACUUUCCUGAGCCCUGCAUGAUAUCUACUCCUGAGCCCUGCACGAUACACACUCCUGAGCCCUGCAUGAUAUUUACUCCUGAGCCCUGCACGAUACACACUCCUGAGCCCUGCAUGAUAUCUACUCCUGAGCCCUGCACGAUACACACUCCUGAGUCCUGCAUGAUAUAUACUCCUGAGCCCUGCACAAUACACACUCCUGAGCCCUGCAUGAUAUCUACUCCUGAGCCCUGCAUGAUAUCUACUCCUGAGCCCUGCAUGGCACACACUCCUGAGCCCUGCAUGAUAUCUACUCCUGAGCCCUGCAUGACACACACUCCUGAGCCCUGCAUGGCACACACUCCUGAGCCCUGCAUGAUAUAUACUCCUGAGCCCUGCAUGACACACACUCCUGAGCCCUGCAUGACACACACUCCUGAGCCCUGCAUGAUAUCUACUCCUGAGCCCUGCAUGACACACACUCCUGAGCCCUGCAUGACACACACUCCUGAGCCCUGCAUGAUAUCUACUCCUGAGCCCUGCAUGACACACACUCCUGAGCCCUGCAUGACACACACUCCUGAGCCCUGCAUGACACACACUCCUGAGCCCUGCAUGACACACACUCCUGAGCCCUGCAUGAUAUCUACUCCUGAGCCCUGCAUGACACACACUCCUGAGCCCUGCAUGACACACACUCCUGAGCCCUGCAUGACACACACUCCUGAGCCCUGCAUGACACACACUCCUGAGCCCUGCAUGACACACACUCCUGAGCCCUGCAUGAUAUCUACUCCUGAGCUCUACAUGAUAUACACAGUACACACUCCUGAGCUCUGCACAAUACAUAUUUCUGAGCCUUGCACGAUACACACUCCUGAGCUCUGCAUUAUAUGCACUCCUGGGCCCUUCAAGAAACACAAUCUUGAGUGA